CCCAUCACAGCAUUAGAGACUCCGCAGCAGACCCUGUGGGAAACUCUCAUCCAGGAGACACAAGCAGUGGAUAUCUCCCCGGAGUCUUCGACCUCACGUCCGGGUCAAACAUCAGCUUUUAUCGCUGGAUGCCUGAGCCUGGUUUUGUUCUAGAAAGACUUUGAUUCGUGUGUUUUUUUAAAUCCUCCUCUGAUGAUGCACAAUAGACAUGUAGAGACUGAAAACUGACUUUACGCACCUUUAAUUUUGGCUCUGACUUUACGCACCUUUUGUUUUUCUGCUUCUCUGAAACUAAAAAUGUGUAAAAGCGACUUUUAAAUCGCCACAUUGCAGAAAAGAACCCACAUUAAUCCCACCGCUGUCGGUCCAUCCACUUCAUCCUAAUUUCUGCCCGCGGCACCAUGCUGUCCACCGUGCGCCGCCACAGCCUGCGCCUGCAGACCGAGCUCCACCGGUGGAGCAUCUGCGACCCGGGCAGCCACCUGCUCCCGGACAGCUUCCUGCCCCGGGUCCCCGCCUGCAUCUCCCGCUCCAAGUCCUGCACCAGCUCGGCGGGGGAGUCGAACGGCAGCCGCGGGAGCUGGUCCUCCGCGGACUCGAUCAUCUCCACCGACUCCGCCGGGGAGCCGCCGGAGCCUGGGCGCCCGUACCGGGUGGUGCUGCUGGGGGCCAGCGGGGUCGGUAAGACGGCGUUCGCCAGCAUCUUCGCCGGGGCAGCGGACAGCAUGGACAGCGACGACUGCGAGCUGAGUGGAGAUGAAAUGUGUGAAAAGAUGAUUGAAGUGGACGGAGAACCUGCAACUGUAACUCUGCUGGACACGUGGGACACAGAGACUGCCAAUGAAUGGGCUCAGGAGUGUCACACGCAGACAGGUGAUGCCUACCUGUUGCUGUACUCUAUAACUGACCGGGCCUCGUUCCUCCGAGCCUCCGAGCUCAGGAUCACCCUCCGCCGCUUCCGUCCCGCUCAGCACACCCCGAUCAUCCUGGUGGGGAACAAGUGUGACCUUGUGCGACGCCGAGAGGUGUCAGUCAAUGAGGGCCGCACCUGUGCUGCUGUGUUUGACUGCAAGUUCAUUGAAACCUCAGCGGCCAUGCAGCACAACGUCUGGGAGGCCUUCCACGGCAUCGUGCGGCAGCUGCGUCUGCGCCGAGACUCCAAGGAAGCCAACAAACGUCGGAGGCACAGCGCCUGUAACGUGCGUCGCGAGAGCCUCCCUACGAAGGCCAAACGUCUCCUGGACAAGGUGGUGGCGAAGAACAACCCCAGCGUGGCGUUCUGGCUGAAAUCAAAGUCCUGUCAUGACCUGUCUGUGCUGUAGGUGUUCAACAGACUGGUUUUGACUCUGCACUAAACCCAGUCUUGAUGGUAUAGAAUCAGCGGACAUGGACUGGAGGGAAGCCUGAUCCUUGAGGGCUAAACGUUGGGUGGCUCAAACCCGGUCCUCACUGUGUUCACAUCCUCUGCACAGCCAAGACGACUGAGAGGCGUUGAACAGAUUUCUACUCUGCCGCUCACAUGACUCAGUCUGAACCUGGCUAAGUGGACUGAGUGCAGACCAUCAGUCUUCGUAAUGGACCAGACAAUCAGUUAAUGCAGUGACUGACACAAACACUGUGCGGCAGAAAUGUCGGAGGUAUUUACGAACUGACGGGUGGAGGCGAUGUUUGUUUCAUUUCAGUUUUUUUUAACAAAGACAUUAAAAAUCUGCCUUUUUCUCUCCUCUUCUUCUUUUCCCUCGUCCCUCCGCUCUCAUCGCUGCCACGUUAGUUGACUUGUUUGUUGAAUCCCUAAGUGCUAAGACGACCAGUUGUAAACUACUGAUGUUUAAAUGUAGUUUA